AUGAACACCAGUGGGGAGAACCAGUGUGUGAUGUUCUGGGAACUGAUAAAGUCUGUGUCCAUGGCUUGUUUCCAUGGUGAUCCUUCCCUAGAUGGAAACAUUCAUCUCACGCCUCUAGUGGCCUCUGUAGAUGCAGCCUUUGAAGUACUUCAUUCCUUUACUGAUGCCGUUUUUGAUGAGUGGAUGAAAAGAUUCAACCCUUCAGAAAACGCCUGGCCUCAGGAGCUGGCGCCCAUCGGCCACAACCGCCUGUACAACAUGGUGCCUUUCUUCCCUCCGGUGACUAAUGAGGAAUUCUUCUUAACCGCAGACCGACUUGGCUAUAGCUACGCCCUUGACCUGCCAGUCAGCAGCGCGGAGAGCCCAGGCUGGGCCGCCACGCUCUCGGUGCUGGUGGGCGCGCUGGUGGCCCUGGGCAGCCUGGGGCUGCUGCUUCCCCUCCUGUCCAGACGACGCCGGCGCGGCUUCCCGGCCCUCCUGGACACGCAGCUGAGCAGCAGGAGCUACACGGGGGAAGCCCCAGAAAGCAGCGCCACCGGAUAG